GUAAAAGGAAUUGUAUAAACUCUUGGGGAUUGUGGAAAUUAAAAGAGAUAAAAGAAGAAGAGAAAUAUUCAAACGUCAAAAAAGUGAAGAUUUGUAAAUUUUAGAAAAAAAAUUUGAGAAAACUUUUGCGAUUUUUGUAUAAUUUCCAUAUCAAUUCACUAAUACAAUAAUAUAUUAUUUAUUGUUAUUUGAAAUUGUGAAAUAUUUGAACUAUUAACAAGGUUAUACAAGUAAGUAAAUUUUUAUUUUCGUCUCGAUUUUGGAUUGUUGUCAAACUGUGACAUCAGCAAAAAAAGUUCGUUGAUGGUGACAGUGGUAAAAUGUCUUUAAAACCAAGAAGAGUCGAUUUUAACGCAACUUGGGGUGCUAUUAAAGACACUAUUAAAGGUGUUAUCACUUUGGAUCAUGUCGCAAGAGCUGUUUGGAACGAUAGAUUUUCCGAUGUUUAUUCAAUUUGUGUUGCACAUCCGGAACCCAUGGCAGAUAGAUUAUAUGCCGAAACAAAGCAGUAUCUAAUUGAUCAUGUUGCGAAAUUAUUAGAUAAAGUACAAGAAGAUGGUGAACAAUACUUGGUUAAAAACUAUUUCCUCUAUUGGUCCCAAUAUUCCGUUGGUAGUCAAUAUCUUCAUAGUUUGUAUCUCUAUUUAAAUCAACAACAUAUCAAAACUCAGAAAUUAUCUGAUGCUGAAAUUAUUUACGGAAGCUCUGAUUCUUCUGGAGGUGAACAAAUGGAAAUUGGUGAAUUAGCCUUAGAUGUUUGGACACGUGGAAUGAUAGUUCCCUUAGGUAGUAGACUUGUUAAACUCUUAUUGGAAGCCAUAGCUCAAGAUAGAGCCCAGGAAACAUUAUCAAUACCCAUUGAGGCUGUUAGAGGAACAAUUCUUAGUUUCGUUGAGGUACAGGGGUAUAGAAAAAAGGGUCAGCUGCAAUUAUAUCAGGUGUUAUUUGAGGAGGCUUUUUUGGAUGAUAGUGGAGAACAUUUUAAAAGGAGUGCUGCUAGGCUUUUGCAGGAAAAGAACGUUAGUUUGUAUAUGGAAAAAGUUAAGGCUAAAAUAGAGGAAGAGUUAUUUAGAGCAAGGAGAUUUUUACAUCACAGUUCUUUUCCAAAAGUAUCUCAUAGAUGUGAAACGCAUAUGGUGGCUGAACAUUUACAAUUUUUAUAUAGUGAAUGUUCAAAUAUGGUUCAACAAGAGAGGAGAAAGGAUUUAUCGAACAUGUAUGAUUUACUGAAGAGUGUUCAAAAUGCUAUAGUUGUUUUAGUCGAUACGGUUUUAGAUUACAUAAAAACUCAAGGAUUGGCGGCUAUUGGAAAUCUUCAAGGAGAAAAUAUCCACAUUAGCUUCGUCGAGAAUUUGUUAGCUGUUUACAAAAAAUAUAAAGAACUAAUAAAAGACGUUUUCAAAUCGGAUCAGAAUUUCAUGGGAGCUUUAGAUAAAGCUUGCAGCUACGUAAUAAAUCAUAGACCGAAUCAGGGACGGUCACCCUGUAGAAGCCCUGAACUCCUAGCUAAAUAUUGUGAUACAUUAUUGAAGAAAUCGAGUAAAGGGAUUAGCGAAACUGAGGUAGACGAAAAGUUAGCUGAAAGUAUAACGAUAUUUAAAUAUAUAGACGAUAAAGACAUUUUCCAAAAAUUCUAUGCCCGUAUGUUGGCUAAAAGGUUAAUACACCAACAAACACAGAGCAUGGAUGCUGAAGAAUCAAUGAUCAAUAGACUUAAACAGGCUUGUGGUUAUGAAUUCACCAGUAAAUUGCACAGAAUGUUUACUGAUAUGUCUGUAAGUUCGGAUCUCAAUAACAAAUUCAACUCAUUUUUGAAAAACGACAAUAUAGAUUUAGGAAUCAAUUUUGGUAUAUAUGUUCUUCAAGCAGGGGCUUGGCCUUUGGGUCAAGCAAUCGUUACCCCAUUCGCAUUACCACAACAAUUAGAAAAGAGUGUACAGAAGUUUGAAGCUUUUUAUCACAACAGAUUCAACGGGAGGAAACUAACAUGGUUACAUCAUCUGUGUCAAGCAGAAUUGAAGUUGAAUCAUCUCAAAAGAACUUAUGUAGUUACUGUUCAAACUUUCCAAAUGGCCAUACUACUUUUAUUCGAAAACGUCGAUUCUUUGACAUGUAAAGAUAUCAAAGAAACGCUUCAAUUGAAUAACGAACAAUUUUAUAGACAUGUUGUUAGUCUAGUUGAUUCCAAGUUACUAUUAGCAGAUGCAGAAGAGCUAACACCAGAAGUAACACUUAAAUUAAAUAUGGAAUACUCGAACAAACGUACUAAAUUUAGGAUAACAGCUGCUGUACAAAAAGAAACUCCACACGAAGUUGAACAAACCAUGAAUUCCGUCGAGGAAGAUAGAAAGAUGUAUUUACAAGCUGCUAUUGUAAGAAUCAUGAAAUCUCGUAAGGUGCUCAAGCAUAAUCUUUUGAUACAAGAGGUAUACGCUCAAUCGAAGGUUUCAUUUGCGCCGAGCGUACAGUUGAUUAAAAAGUGUAUAGAAUCGUUAAUAGAUAAACAAUAUAUUGAGAGGACGCCUCAUUCUAGCGAGGAAUAUAGUUACGUAGCUUAAACUCUGUAAAUAUUAUGUAAUUUCCGGGUGACACAUUCUUCUUCUUCUUCUUCUUUUUUUUUUAAUUUUCGACAACGAGCGUUGUAGACAAUUAUAUAUUUAUUGGCAAUUUUUUUUUCUAUUUAUUUUCAAUUUUGUAAACUUGUUGAAACUAACCAAUGUGAUAUGAAGACUCGUUUGUUGUGUGUAAUAAAGUAUUUUUUAUUUUA